AUGGGAUCUCUACCCCCUGCGUUACUUGCUCGUCUUCAGAAGCGCGGUAUAGUAAAAGCUACAAAUGAGGAGGUUAUUGCUGAAAGUUAUGACUCUUCUGACACGAAAGAAAAGAAAGUAAACGAAGGAAAUUCUUCUGGAGCCCCUGGAUGUCCGAACAAAUACAAUCCAUACCACUUAUGUUCGGAAUACUGCUACGAUCACUGGAGAGAAGGCACACCGGAAAUUAGAUUAUCAGAGUCGUACCAGAGGAAACGUCGGAGGAUGCUUGCCAAAUUCCCACUUCCAGAGCCAUGGGUUGAAGUAUAUGAUGCAGGCAUAGCGAGGCACUACUACUGGAACCAGGAUACAGACGAGGUUUGCUGGGUUUCACCACGUCAUCCCAUCGCUGUGAUAGGUGAAGCUGCUCCACGACUUGCCAAAGAACUGAAAGAAAGAAUGGAAGGAGCUACUUUAACUGAUCUCCAAGUAGUAAAGGGUAUUGAUCCAAUGGAUCCAGCCGCUUACGGAGAUGUGCCAGUUGGAAAAUGGUCUUCUGGUCUUCAUGCUCACGAUAAGACUGGUGCUGAUGUGACUGCAGGAGGACCACUUUUCCAGCAAAGACCGUACCCAGCACCUGGUGCUAUUCUGAGACAGCAAAAGAAAAGGGCCGAGGAAGAUAAAGAUUAA